GCACAGGUCGGGAAGGGCGGUGGGAGAAGUGGAGCAGCUCUAAAUCAUGCUCGUUAACAGUGGGUCCACCCGUGAAGAGGCCCAGCUUCGCGGCACCGCGAUGCGCGCCUGCGCGGACGGGCGGGGCAGCGUGCCUGUGACAGGCUGAGAACUACAUUUCCCAGCAUUCGUAUUGUACCAGAACUACCUUGCCCGAAAGCCUGUGCGAAAUUCAGGCCGUCUUCCGCCGCCUCCCUCACCGGAAAACUGCGGGGACAUGAGGAGUGCCUGGGUUUGGCGACUUCUGCGCUCGAAAAGCAGCGUGGGCGAUUGGUUGUCAGCCCCCCACAGCCGUUUCUCGCCGCUCUUCCGGCGAGGUUUCUUGACCACCACAAACAAGGAAGGCUAUGACAGGCGGCCAGUGGACAUAACUCCUUUAGAACAAAGGAAGUUAACUUUUGAUACCCAUGCAUUGGUUCAGGACUUGGAAACUAAUGGAUUUGACAAAGCACAAGCAGAAACAAUUGUAUCAGCAUUAACCACUUUAUCAAAUGUCAGCCUGGAUACUAUCUAUAAGGAGAUGGUCACUCAAGCUCAACAGGAAAUAACAGUACAACAGUUAAUGGCUCAUUUGGAUUCUAUCAGGAAAGAUAUGGUCAUCCUAGAGAAAAGUGAAUUUGCAAAUCUAAGAGCAGAGAAUGAGAAAAUGCAAAUUGAAUUGGACGAGGUUAAGCAACAACUAAUGCAUGAAACUAGUCGAAUCAGAGCAGAUAAUAAAUUGGACAUCAACCUUGAAAGGAGCAGAGUAACAGAUAUGUUUACAGAUCAAGAAAAGCAACUUAUGGAAGCAACCACAGAAUUUACCAGAAAGGAUACUCAAACCAAAAGUGUUAUUUCGGAGAUCAGCAAUAAAAUUGACACUGAAAUUGCUUCCUUAAAAACACUGAUGGAAUCUAACAAACUUGAGACAAUCCGUUACCUUGCAGCAUCAGUGUUUACUUGCCUGGCAAUAUCAUUGGGAUUUUAUAGAAUCUGGAAGUACUACUAAUGCUCCUCUGCCGCUGCCAUCGACUUCUUUGAACACUAAGCCAGAAUACAUUUUCUUUGAACAUUAUCAUUUGUACCAGAAACUUACCACAAGAUUAUUCAAAGUGUAUGAUGACUAAAGAGAAAUAUUUUAGAAUGGGAAGAGAUAUUUUGUUGGUAUUUCAUGUGUGUAUUUUAUUAUGUUGAAAAGCUGUCAUUCCCACCUGAUUUAUUUGAAAUAGAAGGGCAUUUUGUCCUUAUUCUUUCAAUAGUUCAUAGGAACUAGACCAGUUUUCUUAUGUUUGAACUGUUGUAAAUCAUGUAAGAUUUCAUUGUUGGAAAACUACUACCUAACCUUCCCUUAUUCCCCACCCUUAUAGGAUUUAACUUUCCUGAUAACUUCUGCAAUUAUAUUUUUAUAGACUAUAAAAUAUUAUUAAACAGUUGUUUAGAAAGUAUCUAGCUAUAGUUUUUUUUUUGUAAUGAACUAAAAUUUUAAAAUGUGCUUUAGUACAAGUGAAUAACUGUGAAAUUUGUAGAGUUCAUCUAAUUAUUACAUGUAUUUAAUAUUUUUUCAUACAAAAACCAGUUUAUCCCAUUUAAACCAGUAUAAGUUAACCAAGCUCAAAUUCAUUACAUAAAGCACAGCUUUUCUUAAUGAUUAAUUUAAAUUCAGCGAAUAUAUAUGGAAACUCAUAAGGAAAUUUCAUUUUUGUUUUUUAUUGGAUGUAUUGACUUAUAUAUAAUACCUAUACUCAUUUACUUCUUUUUUUAUUUACAGGCAGAGUGGACAGUGAGAGAGAGAGACAGAGAGAAAGGUCUUCCUUUGCCGUUGGUUCACCCUCGCACCGCGCUGAUCUGAAGGCAGGAGCCAGGCCCUUAUCCUGGUCUCCCAUGUGGGUGCAGGGCCCAAGGACUUGGGCCAUCCUCCACUGCACUCCCAGGCCACAGCAGAGAGCUGGCCUGGAAGAGGGGCAACUGGGACAGAAUCCGGCGCCCCGACCGGGACUAGAACCUGGUGUGCCGGCACCAGUAGGCGGAGGAUUAGCCUAUUGAGCCGCAGCGCUGGCCUUCAUUUACUUCUUAGUUCUUCAGCGUUACCCAGGUAAAGAAGUGAUUGCCGAGAAGUGCUAAACAUUUUAAAAGAUUUCAUGACUUGGCAACAGCUUUAAAAUUUUGGUAGUGAAUUAUUCAAAAUAACCUUGUCAUUUGUUUAGCUAUAAACAGGAACUUGGAGUAUAGAGUAGUCAAGAGAUUGGCCCAUCUGGUCCAGUGAGUGUGUAAAAAUUAGAAGAUUGUCUUCUGUCUUCAAAGAACUUACGCUGGAGCAAGCAUUGGGGCGCACUGGGUUAAGCCACUGCCCGCUAUGCUGGCAUCUCUAUUGAGUGCCUGGGUCAAGGCCCAGCUACUCCUUUCCAGUCCAGUUUCCUGCUAAUGCACCUAUGAGGGCAGCAGAAAUGAUGACCCCAAUACUUUGGCCUCUGCCACCUAUCUUAGAGAUGAAGUUGGAAUUCCUGGCUCCUUAACCAGAUAUGACAUUUGCCCACUUAACCAAGAUGAUGGCCUGCUAGGUACUCAACAACACAGUGCAAAUUGGCUAUCUCAGAGGUGAACCAGAGGUUGCACCAAAGGUGAACAUGGUUUCAUUCUCAUGGAACUCAACAAUCUUAGUGUAGAAGAGAGACAUUAAACAAUCAGUCAAAGGAACUAAAAUAUUAAAAGGAAAUUGUUUCCUUCAUGUGAAGGAAGUUAUCACUCUUGUUCCCUUGUCUACACUGCCCUAGGUCAACUAAAAUGACUUAUCCACAACUGAAAAUUUGGAAGGAGAAAUGGCUCAAGCAGCUCAGCCACUUUGUCCACACAUCUAACCUAAGCAGAGAAUAUUCAUUCCAUUUUUUUUUUUUAAGAUUUAUUUAUAUAUUUGAAAGUCAGAGUUACACAGAGAGAGAGGUCUUCCACCCAAUGUUUCACUCCUUAGAUGGCCGCAACCGCCAGAGCAGUGCCGAUCCAAAGCCAGUAGCCAGGUACUUCUUCCAGGCCUCCCAUGUGGGUGCAGGGGCCCAAGGACUUGGGCCAUUCUGUACGGCUUUCUCAGGCCAUAGCAGAGAGCUGGAUCGGAAGAGGAGCAGCCCAGUCUUGAACUGGUGCCCAUAUGGGAUGCCGGGGCUUCAGGCCAGGGCGUUAACCCACUGCGCCACAGUGUUCUGUUCCUAUGCCAACAGGCUCUACUUCUGCUGAGUGAGGCCUGCCCAUUUACUUAUGCUUGAGACAGGGUAUACCUCUCCAACUCUGGAGUUCAGUGAUAGGAACCUUAUUAGACUGAAGAGAAAAACCGUGCCGGCGCCACGGCUCACUAGGCUAAUCCUCCGCCUAGCGGCGCCGGCACACUGGGUUCUAGUCCCAGUCGGGGCGCCGGAUUCUGUCCCGGUUGCCCCUCUUCCAGGCCAGCUCUCUGCUGUGGCCAGGGAUUGCAGUGGAGGAUGGCCGAAGUACUUGGGCCCUGCACCCCAUGGGAGACCAGGAUAAAUACUUGGCUCCUGCCAUUGGAUCAGCGUGGUGCGCCGGCUGCGGCGGCCAUUGGAGGGUGAACCAAUGGCAAAGGAAGACCUUUCUCUCUGUCUCUCUCUCUCACUGUCCACUCUGCCUGUCAAAAAAAAAGAAAAAAGAAAAAUCAUAUUCUCCAACACUUCAACAUUUUUAUCAGUAAGCAUAUUAUUUAGGCUAAAUAUCAGUCUAAUUCAUCCUUCAUCUCAAUUAUGUUUACAACCCAGAUGGAAAAGGAGGGGCCCUAUUUAUGAGACCUGCUUAUGACAAAGAUGCACAGUACUAGCCUAUCACCACUAAAAUAGAUCUGUGUUCAUUCUUACUGUAGAGAUUAGCAAGUGAAGUGCUUUGUAUCCAAUAAUGAGAGAGUAGGAGUGUCAAACACACCAUACCCCAUCCCCAUUACUUCUAGAUCCUAUAUCCUUUCCAUUGAGGCUUCACUUUAGUGGCAGUUUUGGAGAUCUGAGAGAUUUUUGGUUAGAGAAUGAAAUACCUAAAAUAAACAAAAAUGAGUGGAUUCUGUUCCCAUAUACCUCAGAACUACACCUAUAUUCCAGCACUUGUGCUCCACAAUAAAACAGCUGUUGUAUAUGAGGGUACUUCUAAAAGUUCGUGGGAGAAAUAGAAUUAAAAGUGGUUUAUUGGGGCCAGUGCUGUGGCAUAGUGGGAAAAGUAGCUGCCUGCAGUGCCAGCAUCUCAUAUGGGCAUGGAUUUGAUUCCCGGCUGCUACACUUCUGAUCCAGCUCUGUUGUGGCCUGGGAAAGCAGUAGAAGAUGGCCCGAGUCUGUUGGCCCCUGCACCAACGUGGGAGACCCAGAAGAAGCUCCUGGCUUCAGAUCGGUGGAGCUCCAGCCACUGCGGCCAACCAGGGAGUGAACCAGCGGAUGGAAGACCUCUCUCUCUCUCUCUCUCUCUCUCUCUCUCUCUCUCUCUCUGUGUGUGUGUGUGUGUGUGUGUGUGUAACUCUUUCAAAUAAAUAAAUCUUAAAAAAAAAAUGGUUUAUCUUGGGGCUGGUGCUGUGGCACAGCAGGUUAAAGCCACCAUCUAUAGUGCCAACUUCCCAUAUGAGCACCAGUUCAUGUCCCCACUGCUCUGCUUCUGAUUCACCUCUCUGCCAAUGGGCCUGGGAAAACAGCAGAAUAUGGCCUAAGCGCUUGCGUCCCUGUACUACAUGGGAGGCCUGGCCCAGUCCUGGUUUAGGGAGUGGCCAUUUAGCGAGUGAACCAACAAAUGGAAGACCUCUAAAUUAAAAAAAAAAAAGAAGAAAAGAAUUUAUUUUAAUGCAUAAAAAUUUGAAAUCCAUAGUUUUUUCAUAAUAUGCAUAUAUAUAUAUGAGUAUCAGUAGUAUGGGAAAGUUUCAUUUAUACUGAGUUUCAGAGAAUGCUAUACUUUCUUGGGCAUUUUCAGAGUAGUGAAAAGCCUCCUAAAGAAUUAGCUGUUGUCACCUUGUUUGGCCGUAAAGCAGAUCCUAACCUGCCUAUUCAUACUGCUUUGGUGACAGAAUAGACCAGUUAAGAGUCAAUAAGAAGCCUUCAAGGUUUAUAAUGCCUAUUUUGUCAAACUUUAGGUAUGUAACAUGCUUUGUAGGAAAGGCUAUGGUCACCCUCUGAAACAUUGUCAAUUUGAAAAAUAAGAGCUGCCGUGAUAUGAUACCAAAUAUGCUUAAUGUAUAUUAUCUAAUUUUUGAUUACCACCUAAGAUAGGGGUUGGUGUCCUCAUUUUAUAGCUAAAACAACAAGCUUAGAGAAGACAGAAGGUAAAGAUUACUCAACACAGACCUAAAUCUCCAAAUCUCCCAUUCUUACUAUGCUAGUAUUCUCCAACUUGAGUUCUAAAUAGAUGGAUAAUCUACUGAGUUAUAUGAACAAAAUAACUUUUAUCUCCUCUUAUUAUCUUUCCAUUCAUGUUUCAUUAACAUGACAAUAAUACAUAAAUGUGACUUAUAAAUAAGUAUAAUUUAGGAAUUGUAUAACAAUUUUAAUUUAGCUGCCAUAAUAAGACCCAGAAUAGUGGCUUAUAAAUGGGUUUAUUUUUUAGUUCAAUAUAAGCAUUCUAAGGGUUAAAAUGUUAGCUCCAUGGGCUGGGGCCCUGGCUUCUUAUCUUACUGCUUUACCAUCCCUAGUGUUGUCCUCAUUCACAAGUUACAAUGACUUAUCACAACCACAUUCCAGAAUAAAGGGGCAAGAGGAAGCAAGCCCUUUUCCUUUGGGGUAUGACCCUCAAGUUUUACAGGCUGUUUUUGCUCAUAUCCUAAUGUCUGCAACAAUGGUAUCCUGGCUGUGAAGGAAGUUGGUCCCUAUCCUAAAUGCCACAAGCCCAGGAAAAUCCUGUUAGCUUAAAAGAGAAUAGACAAGGACAACGGGAACAAACCUUGCCACAGGAUGUGUAUUUUUGUUACAGAACUGUUCUGCCUCACUUGUACAGGGAGAGACUAUAGACAUGGACUUGAAAAUAACUGAAGCAAAGGUAAUAAACUAUUCCCAGAGUUGGGAUUAAUUUUAAGGGCACCAGGUUAGAGGAGGAAAGGCUGUGUAUAGUCCCAGAAGAUGAGUUCCCAUGGGUUUGGGAUUCCAGAAGUGGUUAUGAUGCCAAGCCUAGAAUCCCAAAUGUAUGUUUUGUGAAACUGGACAGAACAACCAACCUCCAUCUAUAAAAUACACCUACUUCAUAUGGCUGUUGUGAGGAAUAAGAGAUAAGAGACUUGUUUGGCACAGAUCUCAAUAAAGUGCCAUUAAAUGCUGAUAACUGUUACUGUAGAUUGAAGGUCUGGAAACCACAGAGAAACUAAUGAGUGAAAAUAAAGAGUCAUUUAAAAAUGUUUUUAACACUUAUUACAAACCCUUGACCAGUCACAGUGGCCAAACUGAGUCAAACUGGUCUCAGCGAUGCUGACAGAGUGGAUAGUGAGAGAGACAGAAAGGUUUUCCUUUUUGCCGUUGGUUCACCCUCCAAUGGCCGCCACGGCUGGCGCGCUGCGGCUGGCGCACUGCGCUGAUCCGAAGCCAGGAGCCAGGUGCUUCUGGUCUCCCAUGGGGUGCAGGGCCCAAGCACUUGGGCCAUCCUCCACUGCCUUACCAGGCCACAGCAGAGAGCUGGCCUGGAAGAGGGGCAACCUGGAAAGAAUCCGGCACCCCGACUGGGACUAGAACCCGGUGUGCCGGCGCCGCUAGGUGAAGGAUUAGCAUAUUUAGCUGCGGCGCCGGCCCCAAAUGGCCUUUAGCAUCCAUGUAAGAUCCAGAAGAUGUGCACUCUGAUGUGAAGGCUGCUGCCAGUGAAGCCCAAAUCUAGCAAUCAGAUCUUUAGUGGGAGGCAGGAUCUAAAUAACUGCUCCAGGAUAGUCACAGAUCUUUGCUAGUUGACAGAAGAAAGAGGAAGAGAUGGAAGGAAAAAUGAAGGCACUGAAGUCAGAACUGAACUGUAAUGCUGUAUUUUUUGAUCAGUGAAAUACAUCUUGAAGGGUCAAAAGUGAAGAAAGAAAAAUAAACCCAUGUGUUUCUUAUUCUGA